AUGAAAGGCCACCAAGACCCAUUCCAGAGUCAUGACAACUUUAGGAGUACUUCGAAAGGGGUGCCUUCACCUGACGAUGUUACAAAUGAACAGGAGUACAUCGAAGCGGAGAGGCAGAUUUUGCUACUGCAGACUCUUGCAGAGGACUUGCCAAGAGUAGGGUAUCAUUUUGCGGGUUUUUUGAAAUUCUGGACCAAACUGAAAGCCAGUCCAAGCCUUUGGG